CGCAUCACCUUUGGGGCUACCCCCCUCCCCCGAAGGCUGUAACCUUCCGCAUAGUUCAAAUGCUGCGGUGUGAUAACAGGAAGGUGCCCGAAAAUAAAUAUUUACACUUUCCCCUUUUCAAAUCCGGUUGCUGGGAAAUGAGGGGGACCAGCAAACCUCGAAUACAAGCCUGCUGGGGCGAGCGGCGCCUCUACGGCAAGGAGCAAGGGCCCACGGCCCCUCCUGUCGCUUUCAUGCACAAACAAAACAAAAAGGGGGGGAAAUGAGCCACGACUCCCCCUCCCCUCCUAUACGACGCUCCUCCGGGGCUGCUCUUUCUCCCUUCGAGAUGGAAUGCGUAGUUACACUUCACGGGGGCGUCUGGCACCGAGAGGGGCGAGGGAGCGCAAGGAGGCGGCGGGCCGGGGUCCGCCUCGCAGUCAACUUGAUCGAGGGGCCUCAUCCACUUUAUUUCACCCCCAAAAGUCCAUCUUCUUUCCCUGCUUUCUCUCUGGAGGGAGGGUGGUCCACGGGCAAGAACAGCCCAGACGUUACGCAUCACUUUGCAGAUUGCCGGAGGUCAUUGGUACAGGCUGGAUAAAAAUUAAGAUGUUGUAAAAAAGAAACUCCCCGAAUUCCCUCCAUAUACUUGCAGGUUAACGGGGGUGGGUGGCGGCAGCAGGCAGAGGUGUCAUUUCAGCCGUGUGUGUCUCGGCUGCUCUUGCUGUUGUUGCGGAAAUGACUCCUGGGGCCCCAGACCGAGAUUCGUGGCGGACCCGAGGGCGGCGGCGGUGGGUGCGGCGGGGACUCCGGUCCCCAGUCGAGGCUCUGAGGUCGGAGGGGCCUCUCAAGAUGCAAAUGCCGGUAUCGAUUUGCCAUCGGGCUCUCCUGGUCUCCUCUGCCGGGCUGGGGUGUGCGGGAGGAGGCGGAGGCGCCAGCCCCUUCGGAAGGAGCGCCCGGUUGGAUUUGACUUUUCCCUGCCAGCCCCCCUUUAGCUCUGAACUCCGCAGCGCACGAUUAUUUACAGUGAGUUCCCAAACUAAACACAAUAGUAUAAUUUAACCUUUCCAGGCACUCGUAAAUUUUUACUGCUGCGAAACACAGCGAUGCAAAUGAACGUGCUGGUAGCUCCCGAGUUAAUAACAACCCCGUGGCUGCCGAAACAAUAACUCCUUAUGAAAUAUAAUAAAUAUACAUUUAAAUACAGAACGCCGCCGAUGUUAUUUUGCUUUUUUAUUACUUCAAUUAUUGUAUAAUUUUAUGUGAAGGUCUCCGAUCAAAGGAGGGCGGUGCGCCUCCGCGGGUGCGUGUGCAAAGAGCGCGGACCAUUGAUGGGAUGAUUAAUUGUGAUAUAAAAUAGUCCGCUUCCAAAGGGUGGUGGCCACCCGAAAAACCCGGCCUUUUCAUCUCCGUUGGCCACAAUUAAAACAAACUUUGCCGUGUAACUCGCCGAUCCCUUUGCAUAAAAACAUAUGGCUUUGCUAUAAAAAUGAUGACUGCAAAACACUGACCCAUUAAUAGCCUGCGGACUGAUUUAUACUUUAUUGUUCUGCUGCCCGGCCAUGUGACACCCGGCAGCCAAUGAGCUGACAGGCAGCCUUCAACUUAUUAGGUGACUGUACUUCUUCGCAAGGACCAAGUUGUUACAUGAAAUCUGCAGUUUCAUAAUUUCUGCGGGUCCCUCCUGUCUCCUCGGACCGGGCUGGGCGGGCGCGGCGAUGUCUUCCACGGGCGCGCUCAGCAACUACUACGUGGACUCCUUCCUCAUCCACGAGAGCGAGGAGCUGGUGCAGUCCCGUUAUGGCUCGGCCCCCCUGGGCCAGCCGGGCCGGCCGGCGAGCCUGAGCGAGCACGCCGAGUUCACCCCCUGCAGCUUCCAGUCCAAGACGUCGGUCUUCAGCGCCUCCUGGAACGCCGUGCACCCCCCGGGCGCCAGCAAUGUGCCCGCCGUGUACCACCCGUACGUGCACCCCCAGGCACCCAUGGCAGCGCCCGACGGCAGGUACAUGCGCUCGUGGCUCGAGCCCAUGCCGGGCUCCCUGUCUUUCCCCGGCUUGCCCGCCAGCAGGCAUUACGGCAUUAAACCUGAACCGCUCACGGCCAGGAGGGGUGACUGUACCACCUUUGACACUCACGCCCUCUCCCUGACUGACUUUGCUUGUGGUUCUCCUCCAGCUGAUAGGGAUAAGCAAGCCAACGACGGGCCGUUCUCGGAAAACAAUGGAGAGAGCGAGGCCAACGGAGACAAACCCCAGCUCGACCCAAAUAACCCAUCUGCGAAUUGGUUGCAUGCGAGAUCCACCAGGAAAAAACGCUGCCCUUACACGAAGCACCAGACGCUGGAGUUGGAAAAAGAAUUCCUGUUCAACAUGUAUCUCACCAGAGAUCGGCGGUAUGAAGUGGCCCGGCUGCUGAAUUUAACCGAGAGACAAGUCAAAAUCUGGUUUCAGAACCGGAGGAUGAAAAUGAAGAAAAUCAACAAGGACCGAGCAAAGGAUGAAUGAUGCUCGGGUGUGGGUUUAUCCUGCCUCCAACAGCAAAAUCUCCUUCUCCAAUGCAACACAACUACACACACACACACCAUCACACCAGGCGACUGUGUCCAGGCCGCACGCUGAUUUUUGCCUUUGCCAAUUCAGUUCUUGAAUGUACCAUCGCGCAGGGUUGUUGGCUGUACCCCGGUGCUAUUAAGGGGGUGCCGCGAUUUCCCAUUGUCUGAUCAUAGGAAAAAAAAGGGGCAUUAUUAAUGCGCAAAGCUGAUUUGUUGGGUUGCUUAAAUCUACCUGUCAAGAAAGAAAGAAAGAAAGAAAGAAAGAAAGAAAGAAAGAAAGAAAGAAAGAAAAAGAAAAACUACCUUUUUAAUGCACAACUCUUUACGGACUGUAUAGGUUAGUCAAAGUAGUUAAUUUUAUUCGCUCUUCUUUGCGUGACAGAGAAGAGGUCUGCUCGAAUACUUGAACACUGUGUUUUAUCGUGGUAAUGAUAUUUGUGACUCAAUUUUUGUGCUUGGGUGCUGUACCAGACGUGAUUGUGUAAGCUAGAAUUCAAUUUGAACUCAGGUUGUUUAUUAUAUAAGUUGCAUAGAGUAUAGCUCUGUAGUGUAAGGAGUCUUUUUUUCUGUAACAUUAGCCGGUUAACCUUGGAUCGUGCAGGAAUGAAAAUUCUCUCUCCGUUUCUUUCACACACCCCACUCCCCCCAAAAAAACAAAGGAAAAAAUGAUCCAGGCUAGAAAAGGAAUCUUGAGCUCUAGGAUCCUCUGAUCAAGUCAUCUUAGUAUGCACAGUUGAUCUAUAUAUCUAUUACUGUCUUUGUCAGUUGUAUAUACAUAAUCUAUAUAUUAAAGAUUAAACCCUUAAUAAUCAGAUUAGCUUGAAUAUUGUUUUUGCACCCGUGAGCAGUUUUCAGAUAUCGGAGCUAUACAUAUAUGUGAAAAAGGUAACUACCUAUGGUUUACGUUUUUAAGUUUAAUCAAAUAAUUUGAUUUUUAUUGUAAUGAAAUUUAAUUUUAUUGAUAAUAAAUUAUAUGCUCUUAAACCUACCUUUGGUUAUUGUAGAUUUGUAUCAAUUAUUAAAAAAAAUCCUGGAAGUUAUGUUUAUGUGGAAGCUACACUGUAUAUUUUGCAAUAGUUACCUCAUGGCCUACAGACCAAAUAGUUGUGUCCAAAUGAUAUUUAACUUUUUUGCUAAAUAAAGUAUAUAUUGAUUCUUUUUA